GUUCAAAGCUCAAAGUCCGGAUGGACAGAGACGAUCCACAGACGCCAGGAAUAACAAGAGGAAGAUUUUAUGUCUAAAAGGAAAUAUUUCUCAUGAUCUCGUCCCAUAAAACCACAGGAGACAGUUUGACACGUUUCGGAUUAUUAACUCUGCGUCUAAUAUGUAACUUUAAUAAAGACCCGAUGGAUUGUACCUGAAAACACAAGCGGGAUACAGAUCAGAUCAGACUGACUGUCGCCAUCUUGGAGAGACAGACAGCCCUGCAGCUGGGGUCCUCCUGGUCGUCCUCCCCCCUGGCUGCAGCGCCCCCUGCUGGUCAGCAUGGAGCACCGGCUGCAGGUGAUCGGAGAGAACGAGGCUCUGCAGCAGUUCUUCAGCGGUCAGGAUGUCAGUGGUGUGUUGGACAGUUCUGUUGCGGUGGAUACAAGCAUCCUGGAGCAGUACCUCAGCAAUGAUAUGGACCCCAACAACAUCAUGCUCCCUGAGUCUCCUCCUGACUCGAGCUCGGAGGCCUGUUCCCCCCCACAGAUCCCAGAAUUCCGCUACAAGUCGCCCUAUUUGUCCAACCAGCCGACCAAUCAGGAGCUGUUCCAGCUAACACAAAACCCCGCCCCCUCGUCCUCCUGCCGCUUCAAGGAUCAAAUCCCCGCCCCCUCCCACCACGACCCCCUGACCCACGAACAGCUCCGAUAUUUGGGCCUCACAAACACUUACAUCAAGCCCGGUACCUCACCUGGUCCACCUGGUCCACCUGCAUCCAUGCACCAGCACACACACCACCCACCAACACACUACCUGAGUCCAGACUGCAGCUCACAGGUUUGCACCCCUCCAACACCACCUUCCCCACCAGCGCCCCUCAACAGCUACACCAGACCAUGCACUGGUCCAGGUCUGGUGCUGAAUGUACCCACGGCUCCUCGAACCUGUCUGCUGGGCUCCACCUCCGUGCUCCAGACCUGCUCCCGGGACAGCAAGAAGAGGAGGAGAUCUGAGUCGGAGGAACAGUCGGCGGGAAUGGAGGCGUCCUGCAGUGAAGGGGACGGGAGUCAAGGUGGCAGCGUUGGGAACGUCCUAGGAUCCUACCAGCUUCUGACCUGGGAACAGUACCGGCCAGAACAUUGGGGGGCUUUGUACGACGGCAGCUACCAGACACUGUGUCCUCCUGCCUACCAUGUCGACACAGACAAAGGCUUCAACUAUUCUGCGGUUGACGAGUCCUUCGUUUGCCAGAAGAAGAACCACUUCCAGGUCACCGUUCACAUCGGCGUGGCCGCGGAGCCGCAGUACGUCCGAACGCCCAGCGGGCCACAGCCGGUCGAUCACUUCCAGAUAAAAGUGUUUGGGGUCAAGCUGGAAUCUCCGAGCCACCAGGUGACGAUCGAACAGUCUCAGCCGGACAGGAGCAAGAAGGCCUUCCACCCCGUCAGGGUCAGUCUUCCCAGCGGUAAAAUCACAAAGGUAACGCUUGGCCGACUUCACUUCAGCGAGACGACGUCCAACAAUAUGAGGAAGAAAGGCAAACCCAACCCUGACCAGAGAUACUUCCAGAUGGUGGUUGGUCUUUACGCCGCAGUCAGAGGGGAAGAGACGUUUCUACUCACGGCUUUAAUGUCCGAGAAAAUCAUCGUCAGGGCCUCUAACCCGGGGCAGUUUGAGAUGGACGGGGACGCCCUGUGGCAGCGGGGCGGGUCGCAGGACGGCGUGGUCUGUCAAGGCCGAGUAGGCAUCAACACCGACUCCCCGGACGAGGCAUUAGUCGUCUGCGGGAACGCCAAGGUGAUGGGCGCCGUGAUGCAGCCGUCGGACCGCCGCGCCAAGGAAAACAUACAGGAGGUUGACUCGGAGCAGCAGCUGAAGAGAAUCACUCAGAUGAGGAUAGUCGAGUUUGAUUAUAAACCAGAGUUUGCCUCCAACAUGGGAAUAGACCACACCCACCAGACAGGUAUCAUAGCUCAGGAGGUGAAGGAGCUGCUGCCGUCAGCGGUAACGGAGGUCGGAGACAUUUCCUGUUCUGACGGAGAGAAGAUUCACAACUUCCUCAUGGUGGACAAAGAGCAGAUCUUCAUGGAGAACGUCGGGGCAGUGCAGCAGCUUUCCAAGCUCACCGACAACCUGGACACUCGGAUCAAAGAGCUGGAGGUCUGGAACCACCGACUGGCAAAACUGAAGAGCCUCGGGGGCAGCCUGCGCUCCACCGGGAAACGCAGCAGUGUGUCGGGGAGUCCUGAGGAGGGGAAGCCUGGCAGAGUUCAGAAGGAGAGCUGGAGUCAGAAGUGUCUUCAGCACAAAGUCUUCCGGGCCAGCGUCUUCACCCUGCUGGCCACCAUGGCUCUCUGCAUCAUCUCGAUCACCGCUCUGUACCUGGUGAACUUAGAGGACGACAACGACAUGAGUAACGGCAGUGUGGAUCCUUUGCAGCCGACAGCCUGGAGCAGCACAGUGCCCCCCACCAUACCCACCGGCCCCUGGCCCCCAGACAUGGACUUCUGUGAGCUGCUGUACUGUGACAAUGUGUACUGCUGCCCUUCACCGAGAGGGGACAGCACUGAGUCCAACUUCCCCUCCACCGAAACAUCCGAUAUGUCAGAAAAAAGAGAUGAAAAACUUUAUGACCAGAUGAAACUCGCUGGAGAUUGGACGAACACCACCAUCCAGUCCUUUAUGAUCAAAGAGAACCAGCAGGUGAUCGACAGCAAAUACUGCCUGAGAGACGAAUGUGGGCCCGGUAGAUACGUCUUCAGAGUUCCUGUCAGUCAGUUUGUCCCGGUCAACAUGAGAGUCACCCUGCUCAUGAAUUCCACUGAGCUGCUGGUGGUUCACCUCUGCAGCGUCGAGGAGUCGGCGCCUUGCUCUGCUCCGCUGGAUAUAGACGGCGUCAGUGGGAGCAGAUACCCGUCGAACACACAGGGAGAACAUGAAUGGGCUCUUCAUGUCGCUCGACUUUAUCACAGCUCGUAUCACUUUCGCUCCACAGUGGCCGGUCAGGCAGACUGCAAUACCGACCAUCACUUGGCGGGGGCGCUCUUCACCGACUACCACUUCCACUUCAACAGACGCUGCACAGACUCUUAGUCCCUCAUUUAAAAGAUUUUAGAAAAGGUUUUCUGUCAGAGAAAUUGAAGCCUUACUCCUGCUCUGUUUUGUUUUUGUUGUGUUCUGAGUGAAGGGACUCGUAUACAAAAGUUUGAUUUGAGAUUAGAGUUUUACAUUUAUGAAUAUUCUCGCAGAUUAAAUCGUUAAAGAAACACUCUUUUUGAAAUGCACCAUUUUUAAUGUUAAUUGACUUUUCCUCAACGCAGUGACGACCAGAAUUACAUUCUUCUCAAAACAAUGCAAGCUUUCUUUACCCUUUUGGCUUUGCAUACAUUUACUGGAGUUAUUAUAUAUAUUUAAAGGACAUUCGUAUCAAUAACAAAAACGUGACUCCAAUUACGUCUCUGCUAUAGUUAUAUAUAUAAUAAUGUAAAGCACUGAUCCCAGGAUUACGUUUGUGAAAUAAUCCCAAGAAGAAGUUUAGAUUUUUGACGAUUACAGGAAUCCUGAGAAUGAAGCGUUGUGUUGAUCGUAAUGACGUCUAUAAAUGAAAAAGACCGUAGACAUGUUUCCUGAGGUAGUGUACUUUAGUCCGAGACCUUAAAGAAAGCGUGAUUAUAAAAUGUUGAAGUAACUUAUCUAAAUAAACGUUAAUGUAGUUUGAGUCUUCUGUUGGUGUGAAAAUGUUCCAUGAGCUAAACUGAACGUGACUGAAUCCUGACUGCUCCGCUUUGUGUCAAAUGAAAACUAAUAAACAGUGAGGUGUGUUUUAA